AAUGAUGCACGUGCAUAGAAUUUGCUCGCUGCUGUCAACGGUUAACCAACAGCAGAAUGGUUGAUUUAAUUAACGAAACGAUACAUAUUUCAGGUUGAAGUACAAUGCUUAUUUGUUAUAUGAAACGUAAGCGUUUAUUGUCACGAUGACCCACAUCAACUUACAGUGACAGUUAUUUAAAACCACAUAUCCACAGCUAUCAUGUGUUAACUGAUUAGCUGAUUAACCGUUGACGUUACAUCUUCGUAAUGGCUUUUCUCUCCUCUCUGUUGUGUUCAUCUGCUCGUCUCGUUACACUAUCUCGGUUACGAUUUUGGGAGCUCGCCGUUUGCAAAAGGAUAACAUGGCUCUCCUUGUCAGUCCAACGUUGUUACACGUCGGACACUUCAAACCCUUCAGUUGAUCAUCUCCGCUCUGGACUUGAGAGGUACAAGGACUUGCAGAAGUAUUUCAACAGGAGACUGAAAGCAACAUACCGCAAGUUUUCCAACAUACCUGAUUACUCAGUGGUCUGUGGACAUCACCAUGUGUAUUUUAUUGAGGGUGAUGGCAUCUACAGAAUGGACCAGAGACAAAGUGAGCCGGUGCCAGAGCAGGUGCUAAAUCUAGGACAAGUCUCUGGACAGGAGGAGAAGACAGGACUUGAUAGUGAAGAGAGAAAGCAGAGGAUUCAGUGGACGGUCCAGAGAAUACGUCUGUCCCCACAGGAAAAACAUCUUGCUGCCACAUUAAAAGCUACUCACAGAGAAGAGCCGAGGUGUGUGGUUGUGAGGCUUGGAAAGGGAAAUUCCUCACCCCUGGAUCCCCCACACGUUGUAUUCACAAAGGACAAAGUCUUCAGCUUGGAGUGGGCCACAGACGAGGUUCUGUUUUACACGACUUUGGAGGGUCUACGCUGCAGCAGAGUGUUUCGGCUGGACCUGACCUCCAGUGGAAGCAGAAUAACUUCUGUGUAUGAGGAAACGCAUCCUGAUGUGUUUGUGGAGGUUGCCCUUUCCAGAGACCGACAGAUACUGAGCAUCAACUGCAACAGCAGGACCAGUUCAAAGGUGCUGCUAAUUGAUAGAACAACAUCCCAUUUAGAGGCUUUCCUGGUUCAGCCACGCCAGCUGGACCUCAUGUACCAUGUGGAGCACUGGAGAAAGUGUCUGGUUAUACUAACUAAUACAGGGCCUGGACAAGAAUAUCAGGUGGUACAGGCCCCUCUCUCAGAGCCAUCCAUGGUCUCCUGGGCGCCGUUGUUUACCCCAGGCCCUGGCACUGCAAUAAAAGACAUGGAUGUGGUCGGAGACCACUGUGUGUUGGUUGCGAGAACACCAGCCGGUGAACUCGUCCUGAUCGUGGUCCCACUGACCCGUACCAAGGAGGCAUACACUGUACAGCUCCCCUCCUGGGCCUGUGCAAUCCAAACCAAGAAACCAUGCAUGGCAGACCAACACAGUGUGUUAGAGUUCUUGAUUUCAUCUCCAGUCCACUUCCCGGUGCCCUAUUGUCUAUACCCUGAGGAUGGGCUACUUUUAUCAGGCACUGAAGAUGGGUCCUCCCCAGAGAAGCAGGGCAAUUAUACCACCACACGCUUAGAGGCCUGCAACCAAGAUGGUACCUUGGUGCCAGUGACACUGUUUCAUUCACUACCUGUGGAGGGUUUGAGUCAGGCGCCACUACUGGUCCAUGUCUAUGGAGCUUAUGGCAGAGAUCUCAACAUGGACUUCUGCCCAGAGAAAAGGCUGCUGCUGGAGCAGGGCUGGGCUCUGGCCUACUGCCACAUCAGAGGUGGAGGAGAGCGGGGUCUGUCCUGGCAAAGACAAGCUAGUGUGGAGGGGAAGCAGAGAGGAGUGGAGGACCUCCAGGCCUGUCUCCAUCACCUCUUCUCUUUAGGAGUCUCCUCUCCUCAACUCACUGCCCUUACAGCCUGCAGUGCUGGGGCUGUGCCAGUGGCAGCGCUGUGUAACAGACACCCACACAUGAUGCGGGCUGUCACACUGCAGGCUCCUUUCCUGGAUGUGUUGGGAACAAUGGAGGAUCCCAACCUGCCUCUAACUUUGGAGGAUAGAGAAGAAUGGGGGGACCCAGUAGGAAACCCAAAACAUAGACUUACCAUCUCCUCCUACUGUCCCCUUCACAACGUUACCCCUCAGCGCUACCCAUCAAUUCUGCUGACAGCCUACAGCGGUGAUGCCAGGGUCCCUCUGGCAGGUGUCCUCAAAUACGCUGAGCAGCUAAAGAGCGCCAUUCAUACGCACUUCACCAUGAAACCAAAGUCAGAAUGUGAACCAGCACCAAACAUAGUUCUAAAUAUCCAACCUGGAGCAAAUCACCUCGGACCAGAAGACCUAGAACUGAUGCUGGAGGAGGAAGCCCUCACCCUAGCAUUCCUGUACACCGAGCUGGGCCUGGACCCUCCUCGGCCUCCACGCAAGGGGAAGAGAUAGCACAGCCAUCAGGAGGCAGUCAGGAAUCAAAGGACAAAUGACCCCAAACAUCUAUUAUUAUGACACAAUGGUGCCCAAAUCUUUCACAGUACAAGUGGAAGAGAAGACAAAAUCAACAGUGAAUGUAUUGCAAUGGUCCUCUUUAUUAUAUGACAAAUCCCUUACAGAGGACACACCAAAGAAGAAUCUUGAUUAUUUGAUUGCUGCUGUGAAACUGUAAUACCUAAAAUGGCACUGUCUAUUCAUGUUAGCAUUUAUAAAGUAUGUCCAUGGCACUCAAAUAGCAGGCCUUCUCAGAGACGUAGCACUGUUCGGGGUGGUUGGGGUUAAACCGAGUGUGGGUGGAGUAGCGAAUCACCAAACCCUCUCCUGCCUCUGUCAGGACACGCGACUUUUGUAACACCUUGCCGUUAUUGAUUUGGUUUGUGCUCAUCAGCACCUUCAACUGGUCUGGCAACUCCCGAAUAGAGGAGAGAUCUGUGGUGGCAGAUUCUUUACCAAAGUUAAGCACCAUGAGAAAAGCUUGGUCAAGCCCAUCCAGCUCUCUGAGGUAAGAGAAGACACUGGCGUCAGCGUGGACGUAGCAGAACCAUCCACGGUGAAGGGGGAGCUCUGACUGACGCAGGGUGUUCAGGAAACGGUACUGAGCCAGAACAGAGCCUUCAUCUUUCUUUUGGACCUAGAAAGAGAAUGAGAUCAACUUGAGCAAGCUCGGGCCAGAUGUUUCUCCAGAGUUGAACAGUAUUGAAAGAGUUCUGUACCUCCACAUUGACACUUCUGUAGUCAGGGUGUACAGGCAGCCAGGUGCUGUUUGUUUUGAUGUUAAAU